GUAAAUAACUACGGUGUGCUUGGACAGCCCGACUAUGCAACUCUUGGCCAAGUUAUGCCUGCUGCUAAACAGUCAGGUGGCACCUCCCAGAUCCCCGGGGUCCCUGCGGGAAUCGAUGGGAUAAGCCAGUUGGAGACUCAGCCUGCAGGCCUUCUUCCAAACGGAGCGCCUCCUGGUGGCCAGACACUUGGAAUGGCUGCGGAGAAAUCAAACUCCAAAUACGGUGUCGGUGGGCUGCAGUUUGGUCAGCCUGUUCAUCUGGACUUUAACGGAGCAGGAAACUAUGGUUAUGGAGGUAACCCAUACGUACCUGCAGGUGCUGCUGAAGCAGCUGGACAACAUGCUGCUCUUGGUGUCAGCAUGGGAGGUGACCCUGUGUCUGCAAAAUACAGAUAUGACGGGUUCCUUAACGGUGGGCAACUUUUAGGCCUUGGUAGUAAUGGAAAUAUACCAGGACAACAUGGUUAUGGGACUCUUCAUUACGAAGAUCAACCAGCUGGCCUGACUCCUGAUGCAAAGUCUACAGGCCAAUAUGGUCUUAUUGGGUCACCAUAUCAACCUGCACCUUCUGGCUUCGGAUAUAACAGGAAAGCAACAGCAAAAUAUGAUGGCCGAGAGCUUCCCUAUUCACCACAGACUCUUGGUUUUGGAGGAGAAGCAAAAUCUGGAAAAUAUGCAGAUAAACAUGAAGCUCACCAGUCACAGCCUCUUCAGUCUGCAGCUGGAGAUACGAAUGUUCGGAUGUAUGACCACCGAACCGCUGAGACAGAAUCCGCCCAGAAUCCUUAUGUAAAGGGAGAGGCGCCGCCAUCAGCGUUUGCAGUUCAAGAAAACGUGGGCUACACAAAAGGACACGUGAAGCCAGAUGCAGUCAGCCCAACCCUGGAGUACCCGGCUGACCUCGUAGGUUCCUUCAGUCCAGAUGAGGCUGUGCAGGAUUUAUCCGACGCUGACAGAGCGGCUGGCUUCCUCGACUCUGCGGCGGCCGCAGAGACGCGGGGCGAGGCUCACGCGUCCGAGCAUCCAGACGACCUGCAGCCGCCGCGUCAGAUUCAGAUCCAGCAGCAUCUCAAACUGCAUUUCCACCCACAAGGCGGAAAGAAAUACGAUCUAAAUGGCUUCUUUGGGAACAGUGACGAUCAAGAUUGACUCGGCUGAAAAAAACAAGCAUGUUCCCUAGUUCUGUGUUGUGUUUUAUUCACUAUUUGUAUAUUAUUUGUAUGGAUGUCGGCCAUUUUAUCCCUUCACCAAUGCGUACCCCAAGAAAUCGGAUACAAACCCAACAAGUCGCUGUUCACCAUGGGAUGAUUUAUUGCCACUUUAACAACCGAUGUUAUGUACUUUUCUAUAUUCUUCUAGUAUUUUGCUGUAGUGGUCAAAUGAGUUCAGUAAAAUAUACCAACAGAUGGUUUUUAUCAGGGGUUAUGAGUUGUCUGAUUAAAAUAAAUGAUAAUACAGGGCAGCUCUGAGCUUUCUGGUGAUGAUAUACGUUGUUGUUACAGUUCAUCUUUACCAAGAACUGGUUCUAAACUCAUUUCAGUGCCGUUAAAAUGAAUCGAUUCAUGUUCAUGGGUCACCAUCUAAAUGUUUUGAACUGACCUCACAGAUCCAAAUUGAACCAGUUCUCGUUCAUUUCUCAUAUAUUUGUCUUAAAUACAUUUUUGACUGAUAGUGUACAUUUACAAAUUAGCAUUAUUGAUUAUCUUGUUUCAGAGCAUCUGGGGUUUUUUUUAUCUUCUGUUGCCUUUGCUCACAAAAGCAGUGUUUUAAUAUGCCUGAAUUCCCAAUAAUGGUUCCUCUUAUUCACAUAUUUUAUUAGUUUCAUCAACAGAAAAAAAUGUUUUUUACUGUGAACAGGUAUAUUUACAUGUUUGUAAGGCAAGCCAAGGCAAGGCAAAUUUAUUUAUAUAGCACAAUUCAGUACAGAGACAAUGCAAAGUGCUUUACAUGAUUAAAAUAUAGGAAAAUAAAACAGAAUUAUGCUUGUAAUGCCGGUUGCUUUUGACCCUCUUAUUAACAUCAAUUAAACGGGAUUUCACCUUUUAAGAUGUUAUUGUACAGUCAUAAAUCUCCAGUAUUAGGGACAAAAACUGCCAAAAACUGAAAGUUAAAAUUUAAACUUUCACUCAUCGCAGAUGUUGUUUUGUUUUUAUUAUAACUCUUCGUCCAUAAAAUUCAGGUCAUCUAUAUACACUCUUCUGUUUGAGCACAUUAGCUGACAAAAACGCCAUUCUUGCAAAUCAGUGGUGUCAAAAUAAUAUUAUUGUCAAUUCUUUUAUUUUUACCUGCUCAGUCAUAGAUUAAACAUGCAAUAUCUUAAUAAAACAAAGUAGAAAAUAAUAAGUUCACUGCAAAAAUAGACCUAAAAAUAAGAAAUUUUUUCUUGA